AUGUCGGCGUCGUUACCUGGGAAUAGGGACCUUCCGGUUUCGCAGUAUGAUCUGGGGACGUAUCUGGGGAGGGUGAAGCAUGCGGUUGGGUUGACGGAUCCGAGCACCCUCCUCGCCGGGACGAGCGGUCUCGAAAGCGCAAAGCGCCUCGUCACGGAAUACAAGACCGGAAAGAUAGCACACAUGACGCCCGAGCUAUGGCAUGCGAAAAAAGUAGUCGACUCGACUCUCCAUCCCGACACCGGCGAGCCCGUGUUCCUCCCCUUCCGCAUGUCCUCCUUCGUCAUAACCAACCUCAUCGUCACGGCUGGCAUGCUGCAGCCCGGCCUCCAAACACCCGGCAUAAUCGCAUGGCAAAUCGCCAACCAAUCCCUCAACGUGGCCAUCAACUCCGCCAACGCGAACAAAUCGUCCCCCAUGUCGACCGCCACGCUCGCAAAGUCCUACGCCGUCGCCGUGUCGGCAUCCUGCUCCGUAGCACUGGGCCUCAACUCGCUGGUGCCCCGACUGCGCGUCACGCCCGCGACACGCAACAUCCUCAGCCGGCUGGUGCCCUUUGCGGCGGUCGCGACGGCCGGCGCUCUAAAUGCGUAUCUUAUGCGUCGGGGAGAAAUCACCACUGGCAUUGAUGUGCGGCCCGUGCUGUCAGAGGAUCAGAAGAGGAAAUUGCAGGAGGAGGGGAAAUCUGAGCGCGAUGUGCCUAGCUUGGGACGGUCGCAAAAAGCUGCCAAGCUGGCUGUGUAUGAGACUGCGGCUAGUAGGGUGUUCAACAGCUCGCCUAUUAUGAUUAUCCCGCCGAUGGUGCUGUACCACAUGCAGACCAAGCAGGCUUGGUAUAGGAACAUGAUGGAGGGUGCGUAUAUCAAGUCGCGGCCGAGACUGGCGGCCGGUAUUCCGAUUGGCUUGAAUUUGGUGCUUAUUGCGGCUACGUCGUUUGCGGUGCUGCCGUUGGCGCUGGCUGUGUUCCCGCAGCAGCAGGAGAUUGCGGCGGAGAGCUUGGAGGAGGAGUUUAGGGGGAAGGGCGGGUAUAACGGCAAGGUGUGGUUUAAUAGGGGUUUGUAG